AUGGGUACUAAACAAGCCGCAAAGGGCCCUGAUCCAGAAUUACGGGACAGAUAUGACAGCGACGGCGGAAAGGCUGAAGUACAUGAAGUCAUUAAGGUUCUUGAGAAUGCGGGAAUAUCUUGCUGUGUAGUUGGGACAUCAGCACUCAGGCAUUUUGGCGCUCCUCGAGUCACAGAGGACUGGUCCAUCUGCGUCCCAUCAGACAAGCUUGAACAUGCGGCAUCACUUUUUCAGACCGGACGCCUCUUGGAGCACUAUGAUCCAACUUCUCCUCGGACAGUUCAGCCACAUUCCUUAUAUCAUACAUUUCCCUUCUUUAAACGUAAAGGGUUUUUUAUGUGGAUUGUGCUUGUUCCUUCAUGGGAUUGCCAACUCGAGUGUAUUCCGGAAAACUUCGAAAGAGGUCAUGCUGGGGUGCCAUAUCCUCGGCUAGAGGUGUUCACUCAAAGUCUGCUUGACACAUCAGAUUUUAACCUGGUUGACCUUGUCGAUGGUAUGGAUCUGACCGAGGAGUGGGGUCUAGCGAACCUUCGAUUAGAAGGCACCCCAGACGCAGCUUACAUUGCGAAGAAGAAUGAAGCAAUCCGGUCGUCGAUUCCUCUGACGGAUACCUCCUGUAUCCUCGAGCUUGGCACCAACCCGCAGGAGCGUAUAAGGACUUGGCAAGAGGUUGUGAGGAGUAAGAGUGCAAGGAUUGGGCUCGAGUUUCCCAAAGAAUUCUACGCUACUCGGUUUCGUUUAAAAGGAUCCCAAGACCCUAGGAUUCCCAAUAAAGAAGCUGACGAUACCUUUCUUCGGUUUCUCAAGUCGACCGACGCAAGUAGUGAUGAUAUCGUGGCGGUACAACGGCAGUAA